UCUACUAGAACCAUGUGCUAUCAAAACUCCAUCCUGAGGGUAGAGAUGGGUGCUGCUUGCGCUCAGCUCCUCUUCGCUGCCAUCUUCUGGUCAAUGCCUUACACUGGAGCUGCUGCUGUGCUGUCUCUGUCCAAAUCCAACCAGACAGACCUUCUCCAACUAACUAGGUCUGCCUUCGAGGCAGAGUCUGACUGGAGUAAUCGGAAUCUUACUAGCAUUGACAUGCCUCGUAGCCGAAGGAGGAGAGCCAUCUCCUCCAGAGAAAUGAAUGCCUUGUUGGAUUAUCACAACCGUGUCCGCUCCCAGGUCUUCCCUCAAGCUGCCAACAUGGAGAUCAUGGUGUGGGAUGGGAAACUGGCAAAAUCAGCAGAUUCCUGGGCUUCCCGCUGCAUAUGGGAUCAUGGACCCUCACAGACCAUGAGAUAUAUGGGCCAAAACCUGUCCAUCAACUCUGGCAGAUACCGAUCAGUCAUUGAGCUGGUGAGGUCCUGGCAGGAUGAGAAAAACUCAUUCUCCUACCCCAACACAUGCAGUGGACCAGUUUGUUCCCACUAUACACAGAUGGUAUGGGCCAAUACCAAUAGGAUGGGAUGUGCCAUCAACAAGUGCUCAAACAUGAACGUGUAUGGGAGCUCUUGGAGAACAGCAGUGUUCCUGGUUUGCAACUACUCUAUCAAAGGGAACUGGGUUGGAGAGGCUCCCUACAAGAGUGGCAAACCAUGCUCUGCAUGUCCAUCAAAAUAUGGAGGUUCGUGUAACAGAAACCAGUGUUCCUCCGCUGGUUCAAAAGUCAAAGCCAAGAAACGAAAAAGAUAUUAAAACAAGUUGGACGUCAGUCACAUUUUCCCUGUUUUAAUGGAAGACUUUAAAUGAUUAACUGUUUCCUGUUGAACCAUUCCAUUGAUCUCAUUAAAAAAAGAAAAUGCAAGAGAAGAUGUGUGAGAUGCGAAGAAUUUCUAAAUAAUAAUAGUAAUUUAAAAAAACAAUAACUGGUUUUGCAAAGUUGGAAGUAACUAAAAAUGACAAAAAAGUUUCUGUGAUUAAAUUACAGUACCACUAUUUUUGUGUUUAUUAUUAACAAGUGUUUGA